AGAGGAGGAGGAGAGCACUUGAUCAUUGUGAUGGUGGCAGGAGGAGCAAUAACAGCACAGGCAGCGGCAGCAGCAUUAGGCAGCCGUGCUCUAUCAGCUCCGGCUUCAGCUGCACUGCUCUAUUUUCUGGCUAUUGAGCUGUGUGUUCUCCCCCUCAGGAUUUAUCACUUAUGUAGAAAGAUACAUUCAUUUUAUUGGUUCAAUCUCUGGUUUAUUUAUUUUUUUUUGCUUCUUUUUAUUUUAUUUUUUUGCAUUGCGUUUAACAUGCUGGAGAUCCAGAAAAAAGUACUUUGGACGCUUUGCCGCACACACAAGUAAACUUUUGUGCUGCGCUCUGUGGAAGGGGAGUCCAGCAGAGUUGGUGCUGAGAGGAGGAGUGUGUGCAUGUGUGUGUGUUGUGUACCUAGCCGGCUGUGCGUGCAAGUGACAGUCAUGUGUGGUCACCCGUUGGCCGGACCUUCUGCUCCUGACUGGGAACACACUGGAUUCUAGACGGAAGAGGAGCGCUGACCUGCUGCUGGGCUUUCUCCACAACUCCUGCCUUGGUUUCCCUACUUUUUUCUGUAGUGUGUGUGAUCCUAUGAGAGCUGCUGCCCGCUCCUCUCCUCCCCGGGGGCUGUGCACUGACCUGCUGGUAUCCAUGCUGGCUGUGCACCCCGACCUCGCUCCUCCUGAUCCCUUAUAGCAGCCCACCUGGAGAAAGCCCCCCCACACACACCCAAGUCCAGGGGACACUGCAAACUUCUCUUCCAAAAUAGUGUGCACGGGGACUGGCAUGGGGGAUUUCGCAGCCCCCGCUGCCUCCACCAACGGCAGCAGUCUGUGCAUCAGCAAUGCCCUGGGCAGCAGCAUCGGUGGCGCUGGCAUUGGGGUUGGUAGUCACAGUGGUAAUAAUACCCCUCCCAGCGCUGCUGCCCCCAAUGCUCCGAACAAUAGCAGCAGCGCCAGCAUUCCUAAGCACAGCACCGUGGUGGAGAGGCUCCGGCAGAGGAUAGAGGGCUGCAGGAGGCACCAUGUCAGCUGCGAGAGCAGGUACCAGCAAGCCCAGGCUGAGCAACUGGAAAUGGAGAGAAGGGACACGGUGAAUCUGUACCAGAGGACACUGGAGCAAAGAGCCAAGAAGUCAGGCACCAGCCAGGGGGCAGCUCCUGCCACAGGUUCUACAGCUGCUGGUGGUGGUGGAACUGGUGCCAACAAGCAGCAACCCCAUCAUCACCACCACCACCACCACCAUCAUCAUCCGCAGCAGGGCAAGCAGGAUGCAGAGACAGCAGCGGUCACAGGCGAACACAGGAACCACACUCUGAUCAUGCUUCAAGAAGCUGUGCAGAAGAAGUUAGAAGGUGCUCGUUCACCACUUAAUGGAGAGCAGCAGAAUGGCAUCUGUGAUGGGAGGUUUUCACCCUCUGCUAAACGGAGAAGGAAAGAGAUGCCAGGUAUGGACACUCUUAAUAAUUUGUCCAAUAUGCCACUGCCUUCUGUGUCACCUCUUCACCAGCUUGACAUAAAGCCACAUCUACCUGUUACAAAUAAUGUAACACAUUCAGGAGGAUUAGAAGACAUAAAUAAGAAUGGUGGCCAGCAGGAUGUAAAGCUAGCAGUAAAUGGGUCUAAUGCUACGGAACUGGAGGAGAGCUUUAAUAUCCUCAAUAAGGAAAUGAAACAAGAACCACUAGAUGAUGCUUCAGUCAUUGAUACGUCUGAUACUUCUCUUUCCAACCAAAAUAAGCUUUUCUCUGACAUAAAUCUGAAUGAUCAAGAAUGGCAGGAGUUGAUCGAUGAGCUUGCAAAUACUGUUCCUGAGGAUGAUAUCCAGGACUUAUUCAAUGAGGACUUUGAGGAGAAGAAGGAGCUGGAUUUUUCCAGACCUGCAACUCAAACACCCCUUCCUCAAGAAAUUGCCAGUGUAAAGAGUGAUCCAUCCCACUCUCCAUUCCCUCACGUCUCUAUGGGCUCUCCUCAAGUUCGUCCAUCCUCAUCUGGUCCUUCUUUUUCUAAUGUAUCAUCUGUUUCCAGCAUACCCUCAGUCUCCAGUGCUCCAUCUACAUUAAUGCUUGCUGGAUCACCUGCAAGUUGCGUUGUCCAGUCCCCACAGACUCCUAAUCCACCUCACACACCUGGUCAAACCUCAACAAGACCUGGUAAUGGAUAUGUCAUGACUCCAACUUCUAGCUCUGGAAGUGGCUCUGUUAACCUCCCAAGUGCUGACUUGUCUCCAGCUGAGCAGCUCAAACAAAUGGCAGCUCAACAACAACAACGAGCAAAACUCGUACAACAAAAACAGCAACCACAGCCGCAGCCACAUACAAACCAGCCUUCCAGUUGGUCACCCGUGGGACCUCCAUCUAGUCCAUAUGGAGGAGCCUUUGGUAAUGAAAAGCCAAAUAGUCCAAUGAUGUAUCCCCAAGCUUUCAACAACCAAAAUGCUAUUGUACCUCCAAUGGCAAAUAAUCCCCAGAAAACCACAAUGAACAACUACCUCCCUCAAAGCCACAUGAACAUGAUAAACCAGCAGACCAGCAACUUAAAUUCAAACUCUAUCAGCAAAACUACCAAUAUGCUCAAUUAUGGUAAUACUAAACCACUGUCACACUAUAGUGUAGAUAUGAGUCAAAGAAUGACUCCUCCAAUUGCCAACCAAAACAAAAAUGUCAUGUUACCAUACAUGCAACAGCAGCAGCAGCCACCGAUGCCACCUCAGAUGAGCCAUUUGAGUGAGGAGCAGAAGCGGCUACUUAUAAUGAAGCAGAAAGGACUUAUGAAUCAACAAAUGGCUUAUGGAUCUCUCCCGGGUCACAGCCAGGAGCAGAAUACGGUUGGGAUGUCAAGACCUGCUGGACCCAUUCAACAGUCUGUGCCAGGAGCAAGUGGGAACCCAGGGGCCCCGGGCUUCAUGCCUAGCCAGCCUCAAGCCGCAAUGAUGAAACAGAUGCUUAUAGAGCAACGGGCUCAGCUACAUGCUAUGGAGCAGCAGAAGCAGCAGUUUCUCAGGGAGCAGAGACAGCAACAACAGCAGAUACUAGCUGAACAGUUACAACAGCCGCACAUGAACAGGCAGCAUCUCCAGCAACAGAGGAACCCUUAUGGAGUCCAGCAAGUCAAUCCUUUUCAAGGUUCUCCACAGGAUAUUGCAGUUGCUAGAAACCAAGCAGCUCUUCAGAAUAUGCGAGCAUCCCGAAUGAUGGCACAGAAUACCGGUAUGCUCUCAAUGGGUCCAUCACAAAAUCCAGGCACAAUGCCUACAGGACCACUGCAGCCAGAAAUGGGAAUGGCUCCAUAUAGCAACGCAUCAUCAAGUCAGCCAGGCAUGUACAGCAUGAACACAGGAAUAAACCAAAUGAUGCAGCACCCAAACCAAAACAGCAUAAACAUGGCCCAUAGUGCUGUGCAAGGUCAGCGGCAACCCAGUUCUGGACAAGCAAUGGGAAUGGUUGGAGGAUUUGGCCAGAAUAUUCUCGUAAACUCUAUGAUGCCUCAACAACAUCAGCAAAUGAAAGGGCCUGUAGGUCAACCUAUGACCAGAGCUCAGGCCCCAAGACUGCAAAACAUGAUGGCAUCCAUACCCCAGGGUGCACAAAACUGGCCCCAACGAGGAUUGCAAGGAAUGAGAACUAGUGGUGAAAUGGGGGCUUAUAACAAUGGAUCAGGUUAUCCGAUGCAAUCUGGGCAGUCAAGAAUGAGCAAACAGCAUUUUCAGCAAGGACUUGGUCAAAGUGUUGUUGAUAGUACGGGAGCAGUAAGAGCCCUAAACCCAGCAAUGAGCAGACAAAUGAUGCAGUCAUUACCUGGGCAGCAGGGCACCAAUCAAUCCCGACAAAUUAUGCCUAGUAUGAACCCUGGUGUACCGGGUAUGGCCAGUUUUAGCCAAGCUCAAACACAGCAAUUACCUGGUGGAAACUUUCCUCAGAGCAACCAGAGCCAGGGUUAUGACAGGAAUCCUGGUCAGGACAUGUCAUACAGUUAUACCGAUGCAAGCGCUGGUCCCUUUUCAGGUCUAGCAGAUGGUACAGACUUAGUAGACUCCAUUAUGGGCAGGGGACCUGGAGACGAAUGGAUGCAAGAACUUGACGAAUUGUUUGGAAAUCAGUCUUAACAUUAAAAUAAAAUAAAAAAGAUGCUGGGCUAAUUGGAAAAUGACAGUAUACCUGUCCGUCUGUUCUGUACAGAUGAGCUCAACUGCAGGCAGUUACAAGAAAUGUCAGGUAGUGAAGCAUCCCUGUUGAGGUGACGGCAGCACUGCAUGUUUUAAAAUGAGAGUUCGGUGGAGAAAGAUUUUCCAUGGUCUAUAGCCUCAGACGGUAGAUGUUGACUAGAGGUGAAAGAGCUAGUCAGCUCCAUGGAGAAAGAUCAUUAUUGGUCGUCAUGGGCUAGACAAGGGCAAAAGCGGCGAAGGGUUUGCACAGUAAUACAAGAAGAUGAAAUAUGUUUAUAUCAAGGAAGAAGAGAUGCUUCAAGAUGGAGUUAAAUAAUUUAUUUGCUAUUGCUGAUACUUUUGGCUAACAGGCUUAGCCGUCAAGCAUCAUGUUAAAAAAUGAAUGGGGAGGAAGCUGUUACACGUGUCACAGCGGUACUUCUGGAAACAAGACAAGGUAGAAUAAAAUAUGGCAUACCCUUAAAGUGAUGAGUGGAAUCAUUAUGAAUAAAGCCUAAGUAAAUUAUAGAGGUAGAUAGAAUGCAUAGAUUGCACAAGUUGUUAAUCAGAUUGUCACUGCUAUAUAUCAAAUGGAUGCUAUAUGUGUGGUAUUUAAACAGGAAAACUAACAGCUAGAUGAUAUUUUGGAUACAAAUAAGGAACCGCCAUACCUUUAUCGGUCACAGAUAAGUAUUAACGUACACAUAGACGGAUACUGUCCUGUACACGGGGCUGAGCAGCACAGCAGUUUCCUGUAUUUCCAGCAACUAGAAAUUCUCUUUUUAUAAAUGUAUUCCUGUCAUUGUUGCUUCUCACAUUUUUGGAGCUUCUACUACAGUAUAAAUAAAAUGGAGGAAAAAUAAAACGGGUCAUUUCAGUAGAAUGUAGAUGUCUGCUUGAGAAUCACUGUAUACAGCCAUACAUAUACAUUCGUCUUUGUGGUAACUGAGAGUGCAUGUCCACUGCUGCUACACCAGAUAAGACCCAUCUGUGCCAAAACAGCAAUCAUAGUCAAUUCAAUAAUAUUUACCCAGAAAAAGUGACGGGAUUUAUUUUCAUUUACCCUAUUUUUUUUUUUAUCAGAUAUUGUUUAUUAAAAGAUUUUUUUUAACAUGUACAAAACAAUUGCACGUCAGGUCAUAAGAUACAAGUCAUUUGGACUCAAAAAGACAUCAUAUAGACAAACCAAUCAUAGUUAGUGAAAAAAUUAUCCGUGAGUGCAAUCCCACAACAAAUUCCCUCCCCCCUGAGACAGAUAACAUAUUCUUUGGCUAAUAUAAACCAUACAUAGGGAGCAGCGGUUUAGAAUAACACACAUUUCUUGUCAAUUAAAGAGAAAAUAGGGGCGUUGGCGUGCCCCAGGGACAGCGGCAGCAUUCCAUAAACAUCUGACACUCACCCAACAUUCUGAAAGAUAUCAUCCCAUAAUGCUUACCAGGGGUCUAUUAAGAGCCAGCCAUGGGUUACAUACUCCGGAUCUAUCCAUUCAAAGACCCCAAAUACUCUAAAAUUUCGAAAGGCAAUUUCGUUUGAGAUAUACCCCCCUUUCCAGAAUCACUACAUUCAGCCGAGCAGUAAACUCUGCUACAACUGGAGGAAGCGGCUAUAUCCACUUCGCUGCCAGUGUUUUACGUGCCUGGUAUAGCAUUCUAUUAAUACCUGUAAUAACAGGCGUCUGUAAUCAAAAUCACCAAGCAGACACAUUUUGGGAUCAGGGGAGAAGUUUGCGCUAUAUAUUUUAUUUAUUAGUUGUAUAAUGUCAUGCCAGCAUACUUUCAGGUUACCACAGCUCCACAACAUGUGAAAUAAGUCGGCCCCUGCCUCCCCGCAUUUCGGACAGCAGGAGUCACUUCUAUACCCGGUUUUAAAGAGAAAUAUUGGGGUUUUAUAUACUCUGUGUAACAUGAACAGCUGCGAUAACCUAGCUGCUUCACUGAGGGAUAGGUUUGGGGUUAUUGCGAGCGUUUCUUUCCACUCGGUAUCAGUGAUUGUUCCCACUUCUUUUUCCCAUUUCGUUUUAAUCUGAAUCGGGAAUUUCUUCAAGAAUUCCCCAUGCAAUGAAAGAUUGACUUUUGAGAGAGCCUGUUGCCACCACAGCAUCAAGCGUCUGAUUAGUUAAGUAUUGUAGUGAUGAAAGUUUGGAUUGCGCAUCCAAUGCAUGCCUCAGCUGCAAGUAUUUAUAGAAAUGCGUGGAGGGGAGGCCAAACUCAGAGCACAGUCCCCGGGAGUAUACCUGGCCAAUGUUCCAAAUUCCUUUACUUUCCUAUUGGGAGAACCCCGUCAAUUGGGAUAGUUCAGGUAAGACAGGAUUAUUCCAGAUGGGGGAUAUAUUCAACAGUCCUGAAACACCCAAGAUCUCUCUAGCCUUAGUCCACACCCUCCUCAUAAGCCCCAAAAUCAGAGCAGAUUUAAAUCUAGGGUCCACAUCCCCCUCCAGGACUGCUAAUGGCAAAUAACCAUGCAACAAGCCUACCUCCUCUCCCCACUCCCCCCGCCACAUUCCAUCCCUUAAAGUGUUGCAGCUGAGCUGAGAGGAAGUAUAGUAAGGGGUUGGGCAUCGCCAGACCGCCCACAUCCUUGGCCCUUUGUAGAGUUUCAUAUUUAAUUCUACUCCUCUUAUCCUUCCACAGCAGAAACCGAAAUAUUUGUUGGAUUUUGCAUAGGGAUCCAUACUGGUGAGUUAUGGAGCAUAUAUAAAAGUUGUGGCAUUAGCACCAUUUUAAUCAGAUUGCCCCUACCCACUAGGGAUAUGGGCAGUUUAUGCCAAGAGGCAGCCUUAGAUUUGAACUUAGUUAGCAGUGGCAUUAUAUUGUCGGGUAUAUAUCUAUGGGGAUUGAUGGAGAUGUCGACGCCCAGAUAUUUAAAUGAGGAUACUACCCUAAGUUUAGUAUGAUCAAGACAGAAAUGUUGCAGGACUGGAGACAAUGGGAGUAUCACAGACUUAUUCCAGUUAAUAAGUAGUCCAGACUGCCUGCCAAAUUCGGAGAUGAGUGAUAUAAUAGAGUCUAUGGAUGAGACCAAAUCAACUACAUACAGCAGCAUAUCGUCUGCAUAUUACGACACACACUCCUCCAAGUCCCCUCUUCUGAGGCCCUGGAAUAUCGGUGUGGUUCUAAGGAGGCAAGCCAACGGUUCCACCGCUAUAGCAAACAAAAGAGGCGACAAUGGGCAGCCCUGCCUCGUCCCCCUCUCCAGUGCCAGCGCCAGAGAAAUCCCUCCAAUUACUCUAAUCCUAGCUCUAGGUUGGUUAUAGAGCAGUUGCACCCAUUUUAUGAAUAUCGGGCCAAAUCCCAUUUUGGACAGAACUGCCCAAAGGUAAUCCCACUCAACCCUAUCGAAAGCUUUGGCCACAUCGAGUGAGAUCACAGCCCUACAGUUCUCCCCUUAUCCAACUGGAGGUUCAGGAAUAGGCAUCUAAGAUUUAGAGAUGUGGAUUUUCCAGAUUGGUCUUCAUGAAUGUUAGUAUUAAUAACAUUUAAUAAUCUAUUAGCUAGAACCUUGGCCAGUAUUUAAUAACAGGGAGAUAGGGCGAUAAGAGUCUACCUAUGUAGGAUCCUUGCCUGGUUUUGGAAGCACUACCACAAUCGCCUCCCUCAUCGAACUAGGUAAAAUACCUGCCCGAUAUGAGUCCUUGAAAACAUUGAGUAGGUGUGGGAGUAGAAACUCCUGGUGCUUCUUAUGAAAUUCCCCUGGCAAGCCAUCCCCCCCAGGUGCCUUCUCAUUAAGAAAUGAUCUUAGCGCCAACUCAAGUUCCUCCAGCCGGAUAUCCCCAUCUAGCAUCUUCCGAUGUUCCGUAGAUAGAUUGGGCAAGGAAAUGCCCAUCAGGUAAUUCUCUCUAUCCGUCGGGCUGACUGUAAGCCUAGACUGAUCGACGUCCAUGAAAUGAGCAUGAAAUACUCCCAGAAUAUCUUCAUCUUCGGAAAUUAAAUCCCCAUGUACAUCCCUAAUAGAGGGUACACAAGAGGGGCCAGACUGUGCUUUAAUAACAGUGGCUAAUAAAUGACUGGCACUCUCACCCUCUAUAAAAUACCUAUGGGUCCUAAAGAACCGUUUAUCUCUGGCUUUUUCUAUUAAAUGUUCCUUUAACAGCCCCUGUGCCUCUUUCCAAUUAGUGGCAUUUUCCUGUGUUGGAUUUGCUAUAUAUUUGGAUUCAGUGGUCAGUACUCUAUUGGAUAGCUCUACAGAUAGAGCCCUACUUUUGGUCUUGUGGGCACUAAUGCUCUUGAUAUAGACACCUCUUAUAUACGCCUUCAUUGUAUCCCAUACUAUUUGUGUAGUGGAAGUUCCUAUAUUAGAACUGAAAAAUUCUACCAGUGCAUUAGAAAUGGUACUGACAGUGUCCACAAGCUGAAGCCAGAAUGGGUUGAGAUGCCAAAUAGGUCUUGAAUUUUGCCCUUCAUUUCCUAAUGUCAACCCGCACCAGAAUAGGAGAAUGGUCAGAUACACUCCGGGGGAGAUAAGAGUCCUCUUGUGUCAGCUCCAAAAAAGACAGGGAUCCCAGCGCUAGAUCAAUUCUGGACAAGGAAUUAUGUGAGGAAGAGUAGCAAGAAUAUUGCCUUUCUUCCCAAUGCUUAGCCCUCCAGAGAUCACACAUAUCUACCUCUAAUAUCAACCUAGCCAGCGAUGAGGGUGAGGAGCCCAUUGCACAAGCAUCUGGAAUUAACUUAUUCAGAGACUUGUCCAUGUGCAUAUUAAAAUCUCCCAUCAUUAGUACGUGGACACCAGGAAAUUGGGCUGUGAACACUAGUAUUUUUGUCAGAACCUCACCGGAGUACGGUGGGGGAAUGUAUACUGCUACCAGGAUCAACCUAAAAUGAAAAAUAGAGCAGUCCACACAUAUAAAUCUUCCCUUAUUGUCAAUGCACGUGUCUCUAGCGAUAAAGGGGAUAGAGAUAUGUAUUAAAAUACUAAUGUGCCAUCCAUGCUCUGUGUAUCAGAUGAGUUUUGUCAGAUAGUAGAUGCG